UCAAUCUACAAGUAAAAUCAAGUAAAGAAAGUAAAUUCUUAAGAUCAGUCAUACAAUGCUACAUUUAUUACACAUCUAAUUUAUUCAACUCAAUGUACAUUGUAGUUGUUUAAGUUUUCAUGUUCUACAAUGGCGUCAGAUUAUCUUAAAAACCACAAAAGAUUUUGGAAAAAUGAUGAACCUACGAAAAUUCCGAAAAAUAAACAAAUUCCAAUUCAGCACAGUGAUUGCAUCAAAACGUUUCUGAAAUGUAUCCAAGAUGAAGGUUUGCGAAAAGCUUAUAAUCGUUACGGAUACAAACCGGUGGAAUCAAAACAUCCAAGAUCGAUAAUCAAUGAUAUUGAAGAUGAAAAGAUCAGUGACGUCAUUAUAGUUGGUGCAGGAAUGGCAGGUCUAAGUGCAGCGUAUGAAUUAAAAAAAGCUGGUCUUUCUGUGAAAAUUCUAGAGCAAACAGACCGUUAUGGAGGAAGAAUAUUUACGUAUGGUGAAGAAAGCGGUCUUGCGUCUGGUUUGUAUGCAGAAGCUGGAGCAAUGCGAUUGCCUGGAGGUGUGGAUGAUCAAUAUGAAAAACAACAUUAUUUAACGGACGGUUACAUCAAGAACUUUAAUCUACCUAUCAAAUGUUUUCCAAACUACGAUGAAAAUGUCAUUACUAGCAUUUAUGGUCUUCAUGAAAAUCUGAAGGUAAAGUUUUGGGCUGAGAAACAUUUUGACAAAUUUUGGCCAAACUGGAUGGAUGGAAUAAAUGAAUCAUUACGAAAAGACAUUUUGAAUAUUGGAAAAUACUACGACGAAACAACAAGUGUUGUCAGUGACCAGCUUUACACUUGGUUAUCAAAAGCAAAUAGUGUAGAUGAUCAAGUUAAUGCUUGGGAUCGUUGGAUUAAAAUUUGGAGUCGGUUCACGGUGGAAAAUUUUCUUGAAAGUACUAUCAAUGUAAUUAAAGCUAAAGUUUCUAUUCAAGAGCAGGAAGACUUGGAUUUAAUAAAGCUUGAAAGUCUUUUGCCAUGGUCUAGCGACGCCGUUCAAGGCUUUUCUGUAGUUUUCUAUGCGUAUGAUCUUGACCAAUCACUUGAACACUAUCUUUCUUUUCCAUUGGGAAAAUGGCAUUCUCCUGAAAUGCAUUGUUUGAAAGGUGGCAUGCACAGUUUGCCAAAAGCGUUUUUCAAUAGUGGAAUAUUAAAUACAGAUGACAUAGAAUACAAGAAGCAAGUAUAUGAAAUAAAUUACUGGUUUAAAGAUGAUUGCCCGCUUAACGAUUUUGUAGAGGUGUCUUGUUAUUCAAAUAGUGCUGCAUCAAUUGUUUAUAAAGGAAAGGCCGUAAUUGUUGCCACACCAACUAAUAUUUUGCGCCAAAUCACUUUCAAAUCAAAGCUUAACAAUAAUAAGUCCCAGUUGGCGACAAGAAAAAAAAUUCAAGCUAUGAACCAUAUUCUUACCUUGCAUUCAUCAAAAAUCUUUCUUCAAACCAAAACAAGAUUCUGGGAAGAUGAAGGAAUCAAAGGUGGGUUUUCAAUUACAAACCUUCCCAUAGGUCAGGUUCAUUACGUCACCCUGGAAGACCCUUGCACAAAAGAAGGGCUUGUAAUGAUUUACGUAUGGACGAAGGAGGCCUUGCUUUUUGGGUCCAUGGAAGAAGAGCAAGUAAAACGAAAAGUAGUGGAACAACUCGCAGAAAUUCAUCCAACAUUAAAAGAAGACAUUGUAUCAAACUGUAUAAUUCAUCAUUGGUAUAGGCUGCCAUCUUAUCAAGGCGCGUGUGGAGCAAUGAAAACUGCUCAAUACGGCAACAUCAGGUAG